GUUUCACGCUUCAUUUUGAGUUUGUAAUUCUAAAAUUGGUUUCCGCUUUCUUUAGCCGAUUAUAGGGUGGGUUCUUGAUUUGUGAUGAUUAAGGGUUGAGAGAAUGGGAUCGGGGAUGAGUUGAGGGAGAGAGUUUUUGUUAAUUGAGAUUGUUUGCACUGUUCUGGGGUUUGGGGGGUUUUGUCUGGCUGGUUAAAUUGGAAGUAUUCGGUGUGCGAUUUGGAGAAAGAUUCCCAAAACAUGAGCUGUUCAGAAAACGAUGGCGACAACUUAGUGCUGUCAAAGGAACAGGUCGAGUCAUCAUCUACUGACGAAGGCAGCUGUAGUGGAUCAUCGGCAGGAGGAGGAGGGGUUACUUUGAAGAAGGGACCUUGGACAACUGCAGAAGAUGCACUUUUGAUCUCGUAUGUCCGGAAACAUGGGGAGGGAAAUUGGAAUGCCGUUCAAAGACACUCUGGACUUCUUAGGUGUGGGAAGAGUUGCCGACUGCGAUGGGCUAAUCAUCUCAGGCCACAUUUGAAAAAAGGAGCCUUUAGUCCAGAGGAGGAGCAGCUUAUUAUUCAAAUGCAUUCUAAAAUGGGAAACAGAUGGGCUCGGAUGGCUGCACUUCUUCCUGGGCGUACAGAUAAUGAAAUAAAAAACUACUGGAACACCCGCAUCAAGAGGCGAUCGCGAGCUGGUUUGCCACUAUACCCGACUAAGGUCAGCUUUCAAACUUCAAAUGAUGAUCAACCGAUUCAGAGUUCCAGUGAGCUCAGCAGUAGUGACCAACAGAACAUUGAAGUUUUAACUGAAACUAUAAAUGGAACUCCAGAAUUUAGAUAUCGUCCUUACAAAGCUAAUCCUGCACCAGUAUCUUAUCCACCACUUUUUCCAGACAAUCCUGUUACAGGCAUCCCAAGGCAUGGUCUUGGUUAUUAUACUCGCAGCUUCCUAAAUUCUGGAGGGAAUCAUGUCAAGCUGGCCUGGGAAUCUGAAACCUGCUCUCCAGUCUACCAUCUUCUCCAUAGCAGUAUGAUUCCUGCAUUUGAGUUGUCGAAUAUGAAUGCUGAAACAAAUCAUUUGAACUCCGGGUUAGUUUAUCCCUACGACCCCGAUCCUGAGUGCAAGAACCUGGCACCUUUCAUUUGCUCGGUACCCGGCAACCCUGCCUUAUCAAAUGGCAACUUAUCCUCUUCAAGGCUCCUUCCAGGGGCUGUGAAGAUGGAGCUCCCUUCACUCCAAUAUCCAGAACCUGAUUAUAUUGACUGGAACACGUCUUCUUUGUUUGCAUCCUCAUCUGAUGCAGUUGAUACUUACAUCCAGUCUCCUGAAAAUAUCUCAGUGCAGUCCGACUGUGCUUCACCAAGAAACAAAGGUUUAUUACAAGAUUUGGUUCUGGAAUCACAGGCAAUAAGCACUGGGAAGAAACAAUCAUUUGAGACAAGCCUCGAUCAUGCCGUAGCUUCCAUGACGGGAACAACUGCAGUCAAAUGGGAAGAAGAGAUUAGGGACCCAACCUCCCCCUUUUGUCUAUCAGCUGUUUCUCUUUUCAAUGAGUGCAACCCAACCAUUACAACCACAUUUAAUGAAAGAUCAACUUGUGAAACACCUACGGGUUCAGAGGCAACAAUGCUGGGUGAGGAACAGGACAAAUAUGCUCCAAAUUUGCCUGAUUUCCUGAGACCUGAUGUUCUACUGGGAUCAGGUUGGUUUAUUGGAAAUUCUCGAAACACCAGUGAAUUUAUAGCUGCACCUUCGGGCGAGAGCUUGCGCGAAGAACGUGUACUUCUACCUGCUGGACUAUCAUCUACGGUUUCACUGGAGUCCUAUCCAUGGACUAACAUGCCUCCAGUCUGCCAAAUGUCCGAACAUUAGUAACCUUGAUUAACCACUGAAAGACACUUAUUGUCAGCUAUUGGUUAAUUAAAAUUUGUCUUGACCGUCGACAGUGGAUCUUUGAGGUUGUUGUUGCUGUUUGUUUGCAGCUUCAUGUAUCGUAGGCUGUCAUUGCUGCUGCAAGCAACGAUGGAUGAAUGGAAACAAACUAUGUUAUAUGGUUUGUGUAUAGUUGAUCGUUUUCUUUGGUUUACAUCUUCCUGUUUUCCUUUUGGUGAAUAAGUGUCAUACGCUUAAAUCUUUCUUAGUUGGGUAUCUAAUACUCUUUAUCUUAUAAA